ACAUGUUCCGCGCCCCUGUUUUGAAUCUCGAGUCGUUUCAAAUUGUUUGAUACGAGCACCGUGCGAGUUUCUGCUCUUUUCUCACUCGUUCACCUCUUAUUAAUCAUACGAAACAAUGGAUUUGGAUUCAAUGAAAUAUGCGGAGCUACGCAACCGAGCGAAGCAACUGGGUCUCAAGGCUAAUAUGAAGGCGGACAGGCUCUUAAAAGCCAUUAAGAAGCAUUACGAGCAAGAAAAGGAAACCGAAAAAGACAAGGUAGAAGAGAUGGAGGCCAAAGUCACUGCUGAGGUCCAGACAGACCAAUCCCAGGAGGUGUUUUGCAGCUCCUCAGUGUUUGUGAACACACGUCGAGGAAAAGCGAAAAAGACAAGAACCCGUGAUUCUGAUGCCAAGUUGGAUAAUGAGGGGGGCAGUGACGUGGUCCCACAAGUCCGAGCUUACAAGAAGAGACGAUUGUCUUCUCUAUCCAAGACUGAGAAGAGGGGAGAGAAUGAACCUGUGAUAGAGUCUUCAGACAUGAGCAGUCAAGUGCAGAGCGAGCCCAAGGAUGACGGAGGUCGUGUUCCCAGUGUGGCCAAACCUGCUAAGAUCCCUCGUUACAAAGGGCGGCAGGUGAAGAGGGCAGCCCUGAAACCCGUCACUCCCAACUUCCAAAAACUCCACGAGGCACACUUCAACAAGAUGGAGUCCAUCGACGCCUAUGUGCAGAGGAAGAACAACAACAAGAGGAAGAUGGAGCCUGUCCCAGAGCUCAAGGCGGCCAAGGCUCGUCGGGUGUCCUUGUUCAGUCCCGCGGCCUACAGGAACAAGAGUCCGCUGACGACGGACAAACCAGAUCCUCCAAGCAAGUUGACUAAGAAAAAGCAAGAUUCUGUAUUCAAGCCCUCUGUGCUUUGCACAAGAAGGAUCAACGUCAGGUUUUCCGAACUGAUGCCUGACAACGAGUACAAGAGGUCGCUAGUGAAGACGCCGGCGCGCUAUUCGUCUGCCUUGGCCACCAGCACACCCAAGACGCAGACGCCCGCAGGGAGGAAAACCUCCGCUUUGUCUGCCACCAAACCUUCAGCAUCAUUUGUGUUCACUGGCAACACGAGCGUCACUCCGGGAACGCAGAAGAAGGCCGUUUUCGACCUGAAGGCCAGCCUGUCCCGCCCGCUCACCUACAAGCCUCACACGGGCAAACUGAAGCCGUUCAGCGACUGCAAGGAUGACAAAGCCGCCGACAAGUCUUUGGUCGCCGACUCUCGAAAGAAAUACUACAAACAGCACAAAGUGCAGACCAGGGAGGAGAGACAAGCCCAACAAGCUGAAGAGCGCAAAGCAAAGAAGUCCAACUUACUGUGUGCACGGCGAGGCCUGGUGAUGACAUAGUGUUUUUUUUUUUUAAACUGCUGCUUUUCUCAUUGUAAAUAUGUUGUUGUCUGCCGCUGUCUUGUUUUCGCAUCGAAUGGUUUGCAGCUUUUUGGGAUUUUAGCUCGUGAGCAAUCAAUUUUCAUGGGAAUUGGAAGCUCACUGUAUUUACUUCCUGCUUUGUUUUGUUUUUUUUCCAAAAAUAAAAAGAUUGCAAUUUUCACA